AUGCGCAUGUUCAAUCGGUUCUACGGCCUCUGUGCCGUCGCCGUCUGUUCCAUUCUCUACACAGCAUGGUUUUUGAUGGGGAGGACUUUUGGUGAUGUCGUGCCGCUGGCCGGUACCUUCCAGACCGCUGACAAGUUCGAUCACCGAUUGGUUGUCUUUGGAGACUCUUGGAGUGAUAGUGAGACGGAAGAGGAGCAGGGCAAGAUUUGGACGGAUCAUCUUUGUGACUUGUUUUCUUGCUACCAGGAGAACCUUGCGCAGACGGCCCGAUCCGCAGGUAAUACGAAGAAGAAUACCGGAGCCGUCGUCGACAACGAAGAAUUAAAUUCUUUCGGCAUGCUGUCUAAAGACCAAGUCCCCGAUUUCAAGACCCAACUGGAUCAGUGGCUAACAGCCGAGACGGCCGCGAUGGAGAAACUCACCGAAGAAGAGCGCAUUAACCGUCAAGAGCGCACGACAUUUGUCAUAUCGUUCGGAAUCUGGGAUCUCUGGAGUCUACGUGAAACCGAUUACAACACGGCAAUUGCAUCCGUGGAUCGACGGAUCAAGAAAUUGACCGAGCAAUUGAAUCGACUAGACGAGUCAUUCAAGAGCUGGGGUGCCACGGAGUUGCAAAUUAUCAUGACCCAGACAAUGGACGUGACUUUCCUGCCAGCAUUUACGAGUGCGGGCGGCGACGAGUUUAAGGAUGCGGUGCGUGUUCUGACGGAGUGGAAUUCUAAGCUCAAGUCUGCUGCUACGGAGUGGAAGGAUGGUAAGGCGCAGUGGUUGUAUAUGUUUGAUACGAAUGCCUUUGUCUUGGAUCGUAUUCGCGAUUGGCAGCUUUAUGCCUCUGGUAUUGAGGAGGAGAAUGGGAUGGGGAAGAAUAUUGAGCCUGGGUGGGAGAAUGUCAGUGCUCCCUGUGUGGUUGUUCAGAGUGGGUUCCGGGUCAUGAUGUCAAGGUCGGAGGAGAAGACACGGUGCCAACGCCCGGAGAAAUAUCUGUUCUGGGAUGAAAUGCAUCUGGGACCAUCUGCCCACAAGCUCAUGGGGAGUGCUGUCUACAAGGAGACGAAAGGAGCUACUCAACGCCGCCCCCAGUAA